AUGCCAUACAUCGAUUUAGAACAAGGAAGAAACGGAAAUCGAGAGCUAUCUUUCAGAGAAAGUGAAGAUGUCGCUUCGUGCUUCCACUCGAAUACGUACGGAUAUUAUGACUAUGACAAGGAUGAGUAUUCGAGCAGUGUCUCUUCAGUGAGUGAUGAGUCAGAGAAGAGUGUGUGUAGGAUUUGCAAAUUGGAGGUUGGAUCGUAUGGUCAGGGUUUGAUUGAGUUGGGAUGUUCUUGUAAGGGUGAUUUGGCGAUUGCUCAUCGACAAUGUGCUGAGACUUGGUUCAAACACAAAAGAAACGAAGUAUGUGAGAUUUGCCACUCAGAUGCGAGGAACGUGACAAGCGCAAAUGAGGUGGUAGAGGAGGAGGAAGAGGUCGUGUGGUGGAGGUUGAGGAAGAAGUAG